AUGAAUAACAAUCCAUAUGGGCUAUCAUUAGAAGUAGAACAGCAUGACUCUUUGAGGGUGCAUUUCUUGGACAUUGAUAUCAACUUCAGGGGAGCUAACAUACUUACAUCUGUAUAUCGAAAACCUAGGACCUUCCCAACAUAUAUUCCAAGAAGUUUGUGCGACCCUAUCUCAUACAAAAUCGCCACUUUCAGAGCAUUAGUGAGAAGAGCACACACGCACUCCUCGACGCAACAAGCUCUAACAACGGAACUCCAACAUAUAGGGGAUAUUGCUGUUGCUCAUGGAUACAACAACACUGUAGUCAAAAAUUUAUCUAAAAGGUAUGACAUUUCCCAAAGAGCCAUUGAUCAGGCAGGGUCACUGUUGAAUAUACCUGAUCAAGAAAAAGAGAGGAUACCUAUAACAUAUAAUCCGAUACUGAAAUCAGUCUACAACAUGAUAGCCAAAAGAAGAGACAUAAAUAUAGCAUACAGAAGGUGUCAAACUGUCUUCAGGAUACUAACUAAUGGCAAAGACCGGCCAAACCCUGAAAGAUUCCCAGGAGUAUACGCAGUACUGCUAGAAGACAAAAGAUAUGUAGACAACUGA